AUGGAUUCGAGAGCCGAACGACGCCUCCUAGCGCUCGGAAAUCAUCUCUCGGCAGCCACCGCCAACCGUCAACCGCCGCCGGCAAUCACCACACAGCCCACCGCCGAGCAAGGUUACAGUGUAGUGCUUCCCGAGAAAUUGCAGACUGGGAAAUGGAAUGUAUACAGAAAUCGACGUUCUCCCUUGAAACUCAUCACUAGGUUUAUCAAUCAUCCCCACAUAGCUAAUUUGCACGAUCAUUUUGAAAAUGCAGUCGAGAGAUUCAAAAACAACAAUUACUUGGGAACUAGGGUUGGUGAAGAUGGGACAGUUGGAGAGUACAAAUGGAUGACAUAUGGUGAAGCAGGUGCUUCUCGAUCAGCAAUUGGUUCGGGUUUAAUUAAUUAUCAGUUACCAAAGGCAAGCUUGAAUAGGAUUCAUUUUUUGUAUGUUGAAUUCAAUUCUGGUGUAGGCAGCUGUGUUGGUCUGUAUUUCAUAAACCGGCCCGAGUGGAUUAUUGUUGACCAUGCCUGCUCUUCAUAUUCCUUUGUUUCAAUUCCAUUAUAUGACACAUUGGGUCCAGAUGCAGUGAAGUACAUUGUGAAUCAUGCCUCCGUGCAAGCCUUAUUUUGCGUGCCUCAGACGUUCAAUAUUCUGCUGAGCUUCUUAUCUGAGAUUCCUUCUGUGCGUCUGAUUGUGGUUGUUGGAGGCUCAGAAGGGCAGAUGCCAUCGCUACCAUCGACAACAGGCGUCAAGAUAGUUCCCUAUUCAACACUUCAUAGUGUAGGCAGUAGAAGCCUUCAACCUUUCCGGGUACCCACAUCUGAUGCUAUUGCCACCAUAUGUUAUACGAGUGGUACAACUGGAACUCCAAAGGGAGUUGAGAUUACACAUGGGAACAUUAUCGCUAGUAUUGCUGGUCUAAGCUCAGGAUGUGAUAUUACAAAAUUACUGGAGGAUAUGGCCGUCCUAAAGCCCACUAUAUUUUUUAGCGUCCCACGGUUAUACAAUAAGAUACACGCAGGAAUAAUGAGUGCUGUAAAGACAUCUGGUGCUCUUAGGGAGAGGUUGUUUAAUGUUGCGUAUAGAGCUAAGAAGCAAUUAAUUCUUAACGGAAAAAAGCCAUCACUAAUAUGGGACAGGCUCGUUUUCAAUAAGAUAAAACAAAAGCUUGGAGGCCGAGUUCGUUUCAUGGUUUCUGGUGCCUCGCCUCUGUCUUAUGAAAUUUUGGACUUUUUACGUGUAUGCUUUGAUUGCAUAGUUUUGGAAGCAUAUGGGAUGACAGAGUCAUCUUCUGCUAUGUGCAUUAUGGACCAAACAGACAAUUUAUCCGGUCAUGUGGGCCCCCCUAAUGGUGCUUGUGAAAUAAAACUUGAGGAUGUUCCAGAAAUGAACUAUACAUCUGAGGAUAAACCGUAUCCACGUGGUGAGAUCUGUGUAAGGGGGCCAAUUGUGUUCAGAGGCUAUUAUAAAGAUGAAGUCCAAACGAGAGAAGCUAUAGAUAAUGAUGGAUGGCUUCACAGUGGAGAUAUAGGCCAGUGGUUACCUGGUGGUCGACUGAAGAUAAUUGAUAGGAAAAAGAACAUUUUCAAAUUAUCACAGGGAGAGUAUGUAUCUCCUGAGAAGAUAGAAAAUGUAUAUGUUACAAGCAAAUUUGUCGCACAAUGCUUUAUACAUGGUGACAGCCUCAAUUCUUGUCUGGUCGCGAUUGUUUCUGUGGACCAUGAUGAGCUAAAAGCAUGGGCUUCAGCUGAAGGCAUUAAGCAUCAAAACUUAGAACAACUGUGUGCUGAUCCACGGGCAAGAGCAGUUGUUUUGUCCGAUAUGAAUGAUAUUGCAAGGAAAGCUCAACUUAGAGGUUUUGAAUAUGCAAAAGCUGUUACCCUCAUGCUCGAGCCAUUCACGCUGGAAAAUGGAUUGUUGACUCCAACAUUCAAGAUCAAACGACCACAAGCAAGAAGUUACUUCGCUAUAGCAAUAGCCGAUAUGUACAAUGAGCUCUCAGCAGCUGAUGCCUCGAACAAUAAAUUGCUAUGAAUUUGGACAAAUGAUGAUAUAUAAGAAGAGAUCCAGCCAGUUGAUGAGAAUGUUCAAGACGAUAAUGUUUACCAUUUGGUUGUUAUCUAAAGGCAAAACUCCACAGGCACCCAUACUGAUUCGAAUUCUGCACUAGGACAAGUUCUAAUUAAGUUGAAUAAUUUAAAGAUUUUAAAUUUUCUUCUAUAUUUUAGAUAUUACUCUUUCAAAUUUGUAGCAGGUUCUCUGUUAUCCCUUUUGUCUCCACUCCGUUUUAAGAAACGACACUCUUACGUAAUGAUAGCUUGCCAAAGUUAUGCAUUUAUCGAUUAAAUCUUUUAGCGACUGUAUAUCACAAUCACACAUAACCUGUAAGAUAUGUUCAAUGAAACGAGCUGUAGAUCUAUAGCUCGUUUGUGGAAUAUGAUCGAUUCUCG